UCAAAAUGGUGUUGGAUUUGGAUUUAUUCCGUAAAGAUAAGGGCGGCGACCCGGAUAAAAUUCGUGAAAACCAAAAGUUGCGUUUCAAAGAUUUGAAUCUGGUGGAAACAGUGAUUUCGUGCGAUGGAGAAUGGCGAAAGAAUGUAUCGGCACGGGAUAAUCUGAAUAAAUUAAAAAAUCGAUGCAGCAAAGAGGUCGGCGAAAAAAUGAAGAAGAAACAAGAGCCGGGCGAUGAAAAUGAGCCAGUUCCAGAGGAUAUUAUCGCAGAUUUGGAGAAUGUGACCGGUGACCGAUUGAAAGAACUCACGAUAAAUCAAAUCAAAAAGACCCGUGUACUCAUCGACGCCGCUCUCGUUAACACCGAAGCCAAAAUAGUCGAAUUGGAAGUCACGAGAAAUACAGCGUUGCGUGAAGUUGGCAAUCAUUUACAUACCAGCGUGCCGGUCAGUGAUAAUGAGGAUGAGAACAAGGUUGAACGCACUUUUGGCGAUUGCUCGGCCAAAGGCAAAUAUUCACACGUCGAUUUGAUUGUUAUGAUCGAUGGUGUGAACUCCGAUAAAGGUGCCGUCGUCUCUGGUGGACGUGGCUACUUCUUAAUCGGUCCAGCCGUAUUUUUAGAACAAGCUCUCAUUCAAUUCGCUCUUCAUUCACUCUACGAUAAAGAUUACACUCCAUUGUAUACGCCAUUCUUUAUGCGCAAAGAGGUUAUGCAGGAAGUCGCUCAAUUAUCGCAAUUCGACGAAGAAUUGUACAAGGUGAUCGGAAAAGGCGGUGAAAAGGGCGAAACAACCGAUGAAAAAUACUUAAUUGCCACUUCGGAACAACCAAUUGCUGCAUAUCAUCGUGACGAAUGGAUCCCAGAAGGAUCACUUCCAAUUAAGUAUGCUGGAAUCUCAACAUGUUUCCGUCAAGAGGUCGGCUCCCAUGGUCGUGACACUCGCGGUAUUUUCCGUGUACAUCAAUUCGAAAAGAUCGAACAAUUCGUAUUGACCUCACCGCAUGACAAUAAAUCAUGGGAAAUGAUGGACGAAAUGAUUUCGAACGCUGAAAACUUCUACCAAGCCCUUGGCAUUCCAUAUCGUGUCGUAAACAUUGUUUCGGGCGCAUUAAAUCAUGCCGCUUCGAAAAAGCUCGACUUAGAAGCAUGGUUCGCUGGUUCAGGUGCAUUCCGUGAAUUAGUUUCAUGCAGUAACUGUUUGGAGUACCAGGCUCGACGUUUACUUGUGCGUUACGGCCAAACGAAGAAGAUGAAUGCUAACACUGAAUUUGUUCAUAUGUUGAAUGCCACAAUGUGCGCAACGACUCGUGUUAUUUGUGCCAUUUUGGAGACACAUCAAACGGAAACUGGUGUUAAAGUGCCCGAAGUAUUGAAAAGAUACAUGCCAGCCAAAUACCAAGAUGAAAUUCCGUUUGUCAAACCGGCUCCAAUCGAUGUUGAAGCUGCUGCCGCUGCCGCCAAGAAAAAUAAAGGCAAAAAAUAAACUCGCUUCAUCACAUCGAAACAUCGACGCAUUUUAAACUGAAAAUUCUACUGCUAGCAUUAAUAAACAUCCAACUUUUUUUAUACUUUAUUUUUUAUUUCUUUUUUUGCAAAAUUGUUAUUAUGCUAAAAGUAAUACAUAAAAAUUCAGCUAAAUUAA